UUUGGGUUAAAUAUUCAGACCUCAGUUCGGUGAUCGUCUUCAACAAUCAUGGCUUCUUCUAAUAACUCUAACAGACACUGGCCAAGCAUGUUCAAGUCCAAGCCUUGCAACUCCCUCCACCACCAUCAAUGGAAGCACGACAGCUUCAAAUCCUCCUCUUUAAUCUCACCUUCAAGCUGCCACAGAACCACUUACACAUCAGUAGGAGUUGAAGAGGAGAGGAGUGCAGAGCCAAAGCCGAGAUGGAACCCAAAACCAGAGCAGAUUCGUAUACUGGAAGCCAUCUUCAACUCAGGGAUGGUGAACCCUCCAAGAGAUGAGAUUAGGAAGAUCAGAGCCCAACUUCAAGAGUAUGGCCAAGUCGGUGAUGCCAAUGUCUUCUACUGGUUCCAGAACCGUAAAUCCAGAUCCAAGCACAAGCUUCGUCACCUCCAAAACCAAAACUUUUCUGAUAACGCCCAUCAAACCCAAAACCUUUCCAAUCCCUCUGAUCCCAAGGAAAUCAUAAUACCAUCCACAAAGGGAUUAGUGUCUAAUAAUAUCAAUUCCUUCUCUAACGUCCCUUCAGAUGUUGUAGUUCCCAUUUCUUCUGAUCCGCCCCAGCCUUUCUUCUUUCCUUUGCAGCUGCAGAGUGGAGGAGUUCUGGCUAAUGCUAUUCCUGUUCCUAAUACUACACAAGGGUUUUGCCUUUCUGAACUAUCAGGUGUGGCUCAACCUGAAGGUCCUCGUGAUCAUGCUCAGCAAAUCAAUGUUGGGUCUUGCACUAGUCUUCUGCUGAACGAAAUCAUGAUCCAUUCACCUUCCAAGACUGACCAAGAGAAGGUUAUGCAAAUCCCACAACACCUUCCGGCCACUCACACUACUGUCCCAACACCCAUCUCGCAGAUUCAAGGGACGGAAGAGGGCCCACCUGGAGGUACGAUGAAAUCCACGGUGUUCAUUAACGACGUCGCAUUUGAAGUGGGUAUGGGACCCCUCAACUUGCGGGAGGCCUUCGGCGAUGAUGCCGUGCUCAUCCACGCCUCCGGUCAGCCGGUGCUAGUCGACGAAUGGGGCAUCACUGUCCAGCCUCUCCAGCACGGCGCAUUUUAUUAUCUGAUUUGGAAGGAAGAAAUAUUUGGAGGAGAAAAUGGGAUUUAAUUAGAUGUGGUGUUCUCUCUCUUCCUGUCCUAUAUGAACUGUGUUCGAUCUCGAUCUUUUUGUACGUACGUGUCCCUGUGUGUUAGGGUUUGAGACUUUGAGUUGCUCUAUGGGGAUGACAAU